GGCUCAGGACUCGAGGCGGGCAGGCGGGCGCUCGGUGAGACUCCGGCGCCUGCGGCUGCUGCUCUUCUCGGGCCCCCGGGGCUGCGGCGCUCUGGGUCCCGGCCCCUGGCCCGGCGCCCCUGGGUCCCCGGUCCUGUGCCCUGCCCCAGAGACCGCUCUCCGCCGGCCGAGCCGACUCAGGCUCUCGUCCCCGGGCCAUGAACAGGGGCCCGUGAGGGGCGCGCGGAGGCGGUAGAGGAGGAGGGAGGAGGGAGGCCGAGGAGGAAGGCGCGGGAGGCGGAGGAUGCCGCCGCCACUGCCGCCGCCGCCGCCGCCUGCCGGCCCGGGGCGAGCUUGACUCCAGACCCGAGGAUGGAGCCGGCGCUGGGCGCUGCAGCGGCUCCCGGUGCGCCCCCGACCAGCUCCUGCCCUGUCUCAGCAGCCCUGGCUGAAGCUGUCCUUAGUGGCCCACUUGAACAGACACAGCCCCACGCUAGCAUAAAGGUAGCCAGUCUCCUUUCUCCAGUGUGCUUGGAAGACGAACCUCCCUCCCUGGAUGUCCCUUCCUUGUGGGUUUCAGCAUUUGGGCUGUCGCGACUGAGCUGCCAUUUCCACGUGGAGGUGUGGGGUGAGGCCCACUGCCCUUGUUGACUUCCACUAAACCCUUCCUGAACAAGCUGAAUUUUGAAAGUCUGCUGGCCACAGGGCUGCCUACUGCACAGGCUGGGACUGCCAGCUAGGCCAGGAGACCUGGCGGCUGUGGACUCCCUCCUCGGAGCAGCCCCUCUUUGACCUUGCCGGGUGGAGAAACAGCCCCAUGAAGGUGCCCAGCCAUGCAAUGUUCCUGGAAGGCCGUCCUCCUCCUUGCGCUGGCCUCCAUUGCCAUCCAGUACACGGCCAUCCGCACCUUCACCGCCAAGUCCUUCCACACGUGUCCGGGGCUGGCCGAGGCGGGGCUGGCCGAGCGCCUGUGCGAAGAGGGCCCCACCUUCGCCUAUAACCUCUCCCGCAAGACCCACGUCCUCAUCCUGGCCACCACACGCAGUGGCUCCUCCUUCGUGGGCCAGCUCUUCAACCAGCACCUGGAUGUCUUCUACCUGUUCGAGCCCCUCUAUCACGUCCAGAACACGCUCAUUCCCCGCUUCACCCAGGGCAAGAGCCCGGCGGACCGGCGGGUCAUGCUGGGCGCCAGCCGAGAUCUCCUGAGGAGCCUCUAUGACUGCGACCUCUACUUCCUGGAGAACUACAUCAAGCCGCCGCCCGUCAACCACACGACCGACAGGAUCUUCCGUCGCGGGGCCAGCAGGGUGCUGUGCUCGCGGCCCGUGUGCGACCCCCGGGGCCCCGCCGACCUGGUGCUGGAGGAGGGCGACUGCGUGCGCAAGUGCGGCCUGCUGAAUUUGACCUUGGCCGCCGAGGCCUGUCGUGAGCGCAGCCACGUGGCCAUCAAGACGGUGCGGGUGCCCGAGGUGAACGACUUGAGGGCCCUGGUUGAAGAUCCGCGGUUAAACCUCAAGGUCAUCCAGCUGGUCCGAGACCCGCGUGGCAUUCUGGCUUCGCGCAGCGAGACCUUCCGCGACACGUACCGGCUCUGGCGGCUUUGGUACGGCACCGGGAGGAAACCCUACAACCUGGAUGUGACACAGCUGACCACGGUGUGCGAGGACUUCUCCAACUCCGUGUCCACCGGUCUCACGAGGCCCCCGUGGCUCAAAGGCAAGUACAUGUUAGUGCGCUACGAGGACCUGGCCAGGAACCCCAUGAAGAAGACUGAGGAGAUCUACGGGUUCCUGGGUAUCCCCUUGGACAGCCACGUGGCCCGCUGGAUCCAGAACAACACGCAGGGUGACCCCACCUUAGGCAAGCACAAAUACGGCACCGUGCGCAACUCGGCGGCCACGGCCGAGAAGUGGCGCUUCCGCCUCUCCUAUGACAUUGUGGCCUUCGCCCAGAACGCCUGUCAGCGGGUGCUGGCGCAGCUGGGCUACCGGAUGGCCGCCUCCGAGGAGGAGCUCAAGAACCCCUCCAUCAGUCUGGUGGAGGAACGGGACUUCCGCCCUUUCUCGUGACGGGGGCUCCGUGGGUGGGGGUGAGGGGCACAUGGUGUUGGUUUUGAUAAAAUGGACCGUUUUUAACUGUUGCCUUAUUUCCUCCUCUGUCUCCCUCCCUGUCUUUGUGUCCUUCCUGCUCCUUGCCCACCCCCCACUUCCUUCUGCCUCUUUUAUCUCUGAAAUUUGCACUAUGUCUUGGACAGGAAUCACUGGGGCAGAGGGGGAGGGAAGUGGGGUACAGUCCCCACUCUACCCCGUUCAGACACAUGGACAUUGGGUCUCUGCGUGGAUGGUGACAAUGUUUACAAGCACCACACUCACACCUUCACAUCCGUGCACACACACACACACACACACGCACCCACAGGAGACACACCUCAAACCACACGACUUCCGAAGCUUUGCGAAUGGGUGAGUGGUCAGGGUAUAGUAGUUUUGGCAUUGUCUUACUUCUACAAGGUAAGAGGUUCAAAACAAAAAGGCCACCUCUCUCUGAUAUAUGAAUGGUGUCUAUCCCUCCUCAUCCUGCAUCCUGCCCCCCAAUGCCCACUGCCCCCUUUGGAGUAGAAAAACUGCUCCCUCCUGCCUGCCCUUGCCUGUCGGUGAGCAGGUUUUUACUGUGAGGUGACUAUGGACCUUGUUUAUUUUUUCCAGACUGUGGCGAUGCUGUCUGUCUGUCUGUCUGAGUCUUGUGGCUGCCCCUGGACCAGUGAUGGCUGAUAAAUCUUAUGGAUUUCUGAUUGAUCUUGGGGUCCAUCUGUGAUAUUUCUUUGUGCCAAAAAGAAAAAGAGUGGAUCAGUUUGCUAAAUGAACAUUGAAAUGCUUUAUCUGUGUUUUCUGUAAAUAAAAGAGUGCAAUAAUA